UACUUAUCUUGUCCCACACCUGUCUAUAAAUGAAAUGCCCUCAUGGAAAGAGCGGUGAGUGAUAUGUGUCCCUCUGCCCUUUUCUUUGGUAGGCUGGUUUCUGGUCCUGUCUCUUUUCCAGCUCUCUAGCAGAGACGAGGUGUGUUCCAUCUGCUCUCUCUUCAGUGUACCAGCAGCACUAGCAGGAGAGAGUAUAUUGAAGAGGAGUAAUUAGAUACAGGUGAAAAGAUCACACAUGAUGGGUUCUUCCUGGUAAUGCGACAGCUGCUUCUCCUUUUGGCCAUCCGAUGAUACUUUCUAUCUGUUCUUGUUCAUGAAACUCUUCACAGCCCACCUAGGUGCCUCUAGGAUCCUUCUCAAACCAUCUUCCCUCCUAAGUCUCUCUCUCUCUCUAUCUAUCUAUCUGUGCAUGCAUGGUUACUUCUUUCAUCUGUCAACAACAGUGACCAUCAUUUCUUUGUUCUUAUCUCGUGUUACUGUUCACAUAGUCUCAUCCUUUCUUUCUACUUCCAAUCUAACACGAGACUUUAGAGGUAUAUCAACAGUUAAGUUAAUUGGUUCUACCCUGCAAUGGAGUUUGCACUGUUCUGUACAAUAGUUGAUAUCCUUUUACUGCUUCUGGCUCUCUGUUCUCCAUGUAAGUUCAUCCAGAGCCCCAUGGACUUUCGUCCCUUGAGCUUCCUCCAGAGCACAAACACAUCAUCUCUGGACUUCGGAAGGAUCAAGUUCAACUCUCCUGCUGCAGUCCUCAGACCCCAAUCCCCCAAAGAGAUCUCACUCCUCCUCAGCUUUCUUUCUGCUUCAUCCUUCAGUAAAGUCACAGUUGCAGCCAGAGGAGCUGGCCACUCCAUCCAUGGCCAAGCUCAAGCCCUCGAUGGAGUUGUGAUAGAGAUGGAUUCCCUGCCCUCCAACAUAAGCAUCCACAAAGGAACAGAAUUUAGUCCUUCCUAUGCUGAUGUUAGCGGUGGAGCUCUUUGGAUAGAACUGUUAGAAGAAGGCUUAAAGUUUGGGCUAGCUCCAAGGUCUUGGACUGAUUACCUCUAUCUCAGCAUUGGUGGGACUCUCUCCAAUGGUGGCAUCAGUGGCCAGACAUUCAAGUAUGGACCUCAGAUCAGCAAUGUCUUACAACUAGAUGUGGUGACAGGUAAAGGAGAUCAAGUAGCAUGCUCACCCACUGAAAACUCAGAGCUUUUCUAUGCUGUGCUGGGUGGAUUGGGCCAGUUUGGCAUAAUAACAAGAGCAAGGAUCCUGCUUCAGGAUGCUCCACAGAAGGUGAAAUGGGUCAGAGCAUUUUAUGAUGACUUUAACACCUUCAUUGAUGACCAAGAACUCUUGGUUGCAAUGCCAAAUGUGGUUGACUAUGUUGAGGGAUUCAUGCUUCUAAAUGAACAGUCCUUACAAAGUUCAUCCCUUGCCUUCCCAUCUCAUCUAGAGUUCAACCGUGAGUUCUACAGCAAGAGCAGCCACAAUGUCUACUUCUGCAUUGAGUUCGCCAUCCAUGACUACCAAGCCAAGAGCACAAAUGUAGAGCAAGUUGUGACUGAGAUUUCGAGGAAGAUGAGCUACAUACCUUCCCAUUUCUACAGUGUGGAGGUGUCCUACUUUGAUUUCCUCAACAGGGUUAGGGGUGAGGAAGUCCACCUAAGGAGCAGAGGGCUGUGGGAGGUGCCUCACCCAUGGCUCAACAUGUUUGUGCCCAAGUCUGGCAUCAAAGACUUCAAAGACUUGCUGCUGAACAACAUCUCACCAAGUGACUUUGAAGGCCUUGUUCUCAUGUACCCAAUUCUAAGGGACAAGUGGGACACAAACAGCUCGGCUGUGCUGCCGGACGCCGGGGAGGCAGGGGAGGAGGUGGUGUACACAGUGGGAGUGCUCCGGUCAGCCAACCCGGCCACCUGCUCCGCCCAGUGUCUCAAUGACAUCCUCCUUUGCCACCGUCGGGUGGCGCAGGCUGCCUCGAGUCCCCGUAUCGGGGCGAAGCAGUACCUGCCGCACCAUCUCUCGCAGAGCCAUUGGCAGCAUCACUUCGGCCGGCGAUGGGACCAGUUCAUGGCGCGGAAGGCUCAGUUUGAUCCCCGUCACAUCCUCGGCCAGGGCAUCAUCCUUCCUGGAACAAAAGCGCCUCGUCCUUAAAUAACAGAUAGAUUGGAGGGAGAAGAUGGAUGUAAUGUGUUCUAUGAUUCUUCUAUUUUCUACGUGCUUUCUUUCUCUGUUUUCGAGGAUUUUUUGGAACGCUGUAAGGUGCAAUGAGCAGACCAUAGAACUGUUAAGGUUC